AUGAGCAUCCCCAACGCCACGUCCAUCAACCACCUGAUCGCCCCCAACGCCGGCCUCGGCUUCGCCAUCGGGAUGGUCGACUCCUCGAUGAUGCCGGAGCUGGGCUACCUGGUGGACUUGCGCCACUCGCACGUCUACGGCUCCGUCUACUCCAUCGGCGACGUGGCCUUCUGUCUCGGCUUCGCUAUCGGCCCGGCACUGUCUGGCACUCUCGUUCAGAAGUUUGGCUUUAAGUGGAUGUUGUAUGGCAUCGCUAUCAUCAACUUCCUCUACGCGCCCCUCAUGUACUGCCUCAAGUCGCCGCCGGCCAAGAACCCCGGAGAGCGGCAGGUGAGACGCCCUGAAAGGCAGCUCUGAUGGCUCUUCGCUGUCCUGGGAGAUGAAUGGGUUAAUACUCAUGUAUGUGGGAUGCACACACACACACACACACACACACACACACACACACACACACACACACACACACACAUGCAUAUGGAUGUGUUGCAUCUAUGUGUUGUCUACGAUACAUGAGAAUUCUUACAUUUGCAUACCAUCAAACUAAAUAAUAACAAUUUGUUGAAUUUAUCACAGUAAUACAAAUUUUACUUGCUUCUUCACCAAAAGCAGUUGUCUGAGAAUUUAUAUAUGCAUGCAUGACAGUUAGUGAUAUUAUUAAUCCUAUAUUUAGAUUAUAUGUAGCUACAAUGGCAGAAUUGGGGAAGGGAGAGAAGUACGUGCUCCAUUCUUAAGAUUUCUUGUAUGUUAACUUCACCAAAUGAAGCACACGCUAUAUUUCAAGUGUUUCGAAACGUUUCAAAAUAUUUCCAAAACGU